CUCUCUGUGUCUAUUUGUGGGUUUAUCCAAUUAUUUUCUUUCCUUAGACAAACAUCAAAUUCACCAAACAAAAACAAAUGCAGUUUCUGCUUUCAGCUAUGCUCAACCAAACAUAGCAUUACACACACACACACACACACACACACUGUUGGUCUCUUUUAUGUAAAUGACCGAAUGCUCCAUUUUUACUGCCUAUUCUCUCCAAAGGCUUGACUGUCUUUUUCUUUAUGGAUUUAGGGUUGGUGGGCUUUGAUGGUUUUGUGUGUUCAGACUCAAGUACUAAAACUAGUAAUGAUUUUUCUUCAGAAAAUGCUACUGAGUCCAAGAACAAAUGGCAUGGAUCUGGAUUUCUCAAGCAGCGAAGGUUUGCUGACACUGUAAAUCCAGAUGAUUAUAUGGAUUUUAAGGUGGCCAAAACUUGUAAUAAUGACAAUUUUUCAGCUGUUGCCUCAAAAGAAAUGCUGAUAAAUCAGAAAAUUCCAUUUUUGAGAUCUAACAGCAGUAAUUUCUCUGAAGGCCAGCAAAUGCUCAGCUUCUCUUCACCCAACUCCCAAACAUUACCUUACUAUCAGCAAACAUCUUGUGCCUUUAGCAGAAACCCAGGCUUGAAUGGUGGUGGUAUGCAUGGGAUGAGAGGGCCAAUAACUCCAUCACAAUGGAUGGAGUUAGAACAUCAGGCCUUGAUCUACAAAUACAUUACUGCAAAUGUGCCCAUUCCUUCCAAUCUUCUCUAUCCUAUUAGAAAAGCCCUUCAAUCUGCUGCUUGCUCAACCUUUUCUGGCCUAAGACACAAUACUUUGGGGUGGGGCAACGCCUUCCAUUUGGGUUUUUCCAACACUGAUCCCGAGCCUGGAAGAUGCCGGAGGACUGAUGGGAAGAAAUGGCGGUGCGCUAAAGAUGCAGUUGUCGACCAGAAAUAUUGUGAGCGGCAUAUGAACAGAGGCCGCCAUCGUUCAAGAAAGCCUGUGGAAGGCCAACCUGGCCAUUCCGUCUCUGGAGCCACCACCACUAUUACUAGCAAGUUGACACCGGUGGCUUCAUCAACAUCAGCAUCAGUGGUCGCUGGAGGCGGUCUCUCACAUGACCAUCAGCUCAAUAACUACCAGCUUGGUUCGAGUAAUUCUUUGUCUGCAACCCCUCAAAUUAACAGGAAUUUUCUUGACAAGGAACAUGUGGACAAGGGAUAUCAACGUACAAUGAGUCUAUCCACUUUAUCUUCAGCAUCAAAUCUGAAAGAAAAUCAAUCUUCUAUUGCUGAUCAGGAUAAUUCAUAUAAAGAAUCUUCACAAUCAGAGUUCCAAUUAGUCUGCUCUAAUUCUUUGUUCAACCCCAUGAAUGAGAGUUCUUUGCUUAUGAACUGCGGAAACUAUGGUAUGGGUAACAAUCUGGAUGAAAAGGAAAGCAAAUCACAGCAUCCAUUUCACCAGUUUAUGGGUGAGUGGACAAAAAACCAGACCGAUCCCUCAGCUUUUUCAUGGGCUGAUGUUAGGACACAACUAUCAGUGUCUAUGCCGAUGGUCACAUCCGACUUCAUGGCUUCUACCUCGUCUCCAACAAAUGAAAACCUUGCAGCCUCUUCAUUGAGAAUGUCUCAGGAACUAGAAGCUACCCAAAUGGGACUGGGAGUCGGUACCCUUGUUAAUGAACAAAGCCAAAGGCAAAUGAAUUGGAUCCCUAUUUCAUGGGACUCUUCCAGGGGUGGACCCCUCGGGGAGGUUUUGAAUAGCACAAAUACCAGCACCGGGGACUCCAAGAACACCACAGCACUCGACCUUAUGAAAGAGGGUGGAAAUAGUAGCCCACAAUCUGCAUCAUCUCCUACUGGGGUUUUACAAAGGGGUGCCUUUGGGUCCGUUUCUAACAGUAGUGCUGGGGAGUAGUCGAGGAGCCCCAUAGCAGAAGACAGCAAGAUACCGGAUGGGACUAUCCGCUGAUAUGGACGAAACUGAUUCUAGUUUAAAGAAUCCAUCUUCACUUGCAUUGCAUUGUCACAACCUACCUUUUAUCUUACUAGUAUUGAAAUCAAAUUAUCUUUCCAGUUGAAUUUUGUUAAUUUCUUGACUCUUUUGUAAUCGUUUUCUUAGCCUAUUGUCAUGGUUUGAUGUUAUAGUACUUGAAUAUUAAUGCAAGAGUUGUAGAUUUUCCCA